AUGCUAUUGUUGAAGACCAACAGAUUUCUUGCUGCUCAUGCGAUGGUUGGGAAAUUUGUUGAUACCGCCAAAGUCGUGAAGCCAUCAGCAAAGGAGAAACAACGAGAUGAGGGCAAAUUCGUUGAACUGCCGGGAGCAGAAAAAGGAAAGGUGGUAGUACGAUUUCCACCAGAGGCUAGCGGAUACCUACACAUUGGACAUGCUAAAGCCGCUCUGUUGAACCAGUAUUACCAGCAAGCUUUCGAAGGCCAGCUGAUUAUGCGAUUCGAUGAUACCAACCCUGCUAAAGAAAACGCCCACUUCGAAAAGGUGAUAAAAGAAGACCUGGCCAUGUUGAACGUGGUCCCUGAUCGAUGGACUCACUCCUCCGAUUACUUUGAACUGAUGUUGCAAAUGUGUGAGAAACUUUUGCGAGAAGGUAAAGCGUACGUGGAUGACACUGACACGGAAACAAUGCGCAAGGAACGCGAGGAACGCAUUGAAAGCAAAAAUCGAAACACGUCUCCAGAGGCGAACCUCGCGUUGUGGGAAGAAAUGAAGAAGGGAACAGAAAGAGGAUUGCAAUGUUGUGUGCGCAUCAAAAUUGACAUGCAGUCUAAUAACGGUGCAAUGAGAGAUCCAACAAUUUAUCGGUGCAAACCAGAAGAACAUGUACGUACUGGAAUGAAAUACAAGGUAUACCCAACCUACGAUUUCGCUUGCCCAAUUGUCGAUAGUGUGGAGGGCGUGACCCAUGCACUACGUACAACAGAAUACACUGACAGAGAUGAUCAAUACUACUUCAUCUGUGAUGCAAUUGGCCUUCGCAAACCAUACAUUUGGUCCUACGCACGUUUGAAUAUGACGAAUACUGUUAUGAGUAAGCGCAAACUGACGUGGUUCGUCAAUGAGGGGCUCGUCGAAGGCUGGGAUGAUCCGCGCUUCCCCACUGUACGCGGUGUUAUGCGACGAGGAAUGACGGUUGAAGGUCUGCGUCAGUUUAUCAUAGCCCAGGGUGGCUCGCGAUCGGUCGUCAUGAUGGAAUGGGACAAGAUAUGGUCGUUUAAUAAAAAAGUUAUCGAUCCUGUAGCACCAAGGUACACAGCUCUUGAAACAACGUCACUUGUACCAGUUUUUAUCUCCACUCCGGUGGUAGUCGAAGAAGUGCAAGUUCCUCUCCAUCCGAAAGUAUGU